AUGGCGGGCUCACAGCUCAAGAGGCUAAAGACCUCUCUGCGGGAACAGGGAAUCGUGGGGCCCCAGAAAUCGAAGAAACAGAAGAAACAGACAGCUCAAGACGCAAAAGCCAACGCUGACAAGCGGUUGAAGAGAUCGGUUGCUUUGGAGGGAAUCCGAGAGCAGUUCAACCCUUUCCAAUUUCACACGAAUGCGCGGGGCCCCAAGUUUGAGGUGACGAGCAACAAGGCUCUGGCCGCGAAUGCCUCCAAGGCCAUCAGGGGACGCCCGGGCGUCACCAAGGCGCUCGGCGAGGAAAGGCGCCGCGAGACCCUUUUGGUAGAGAUGCAGCGUCGGAACAAGGUCGGCGGCAUCCUGGAUCGGCGAAUCGGAGAGAACGACCCGUCUAUGGCGCCCGAGGAGAAGGCCCUGCGGAGGUUUGCGAUGGAGAAACAACGCAGCCACAAGAAGGGUUCUCUCUUUGACCUGGAGGAUAACGAGGAUGAUGUCGGCCUGACCCACAUGGGCAAAUCCCUGUCCUUUGACGAUGCCGAGGACGACUUUGACAACGCCGACCUUCCAUCAGAGAACGAGUCCGACAUAGCCAACAUAAACCCAACACGUCUCAAGAGAAUGCGCGGCGAAGAUGUUUCUGAUGGAGACGACGACGAGGCCGAGCAGCUACCAGAGCGGAAAAAAACCAAACAGGAAAUCUACAAGGAGAUCAUCGAGAAGUCCAAAGCACACAAGUACGAGCGCCAGGCCGCGAAGGAUGCCGACGAGGACCUGAGGGAGAAAAUAGACAAGGAAUUCUCGGAGCUCCAGAGGGUGCUAUUCACAAACAAAGCGAAACCUUCGCGGCCAGACCCGGAGGACUCGCAGCCAGCUCCAAAACUUGUCGCAGGACUUGACAAGGAGGAGUUCGACAAGGCCUACGAUGUCCGUGUCAAGAAGCUACUGCAAGACAAGAGGGCACAGCCCACGGAAAGGACGAAGACGGAUGAGGAGAAGGCUGCUGAGGAGUCAGCCCGUCUCAAGGAGCUCGAGGAGAAGCGGCUCAAGAGGAUGCGAGGAGAGGAGGUCAGCGACAGUGACGGAGAUGAAGAGACUGGGGAAGACGUAGAAUCACACCCUGAUGCUACGAUGCAGGGUCCCGACGACGACAUGGAGGAGGACGAGUUUCAGCUUGGCAAGGGCAUCAAGAAGAUGCGCCCCACUGCCACGGAGCUAGGGUUUGACGACGAGGACGAUUUUAUCAUCGACGAUGACCUCGUUGCCAGCGGAUCCGACAUCGAGCCAGAGGAUGAGGAGGAUUCCUCUUCCGACGACAGCGGAGACGACGAGGAUGGAUUCGACGGCUUCGAGUCCGAUGAUGAGUUCACAAAAGGCCUCCUGACGGAGACUGAAAGUCGGCAACCCGAAUUCACAGAAGCAACCAAGCUUCCCGGCGCGGAAUCCAAGGGCGAUGAUGAUGGUAUCCCAUAUACGUUCCCGUGCCCGCAGUACCAUGGAGAGCUGUUGAAGAUCACCGGGGGGCUACCGGUGGCUAAACUUGCCACUGUUAUCCAACGAAUACGCGCGCUGUACCACCCCAAACUGGACAGCGGCAACAAGGAGCGACUAGGGAACUUCUCUAGAGUCUUAGUUCAGCACAUCGCCUAUCUAGGCAACCUGGCGGACGGUGCGCCAUCUACCGCCAUUGAGAGUCUCAUCCGACACGUCCACUCGCUGGCCAAGACAUUCCCGCUCGAGAUCUCGCGCGAGUUCCGUCUCCAUCUUCAGACCAUGGCAGCUGAAAGGCCGCUUGCGCUGGUCAAUGGCGACCUGUUUAUCCUGACCGCUAUUAGCUCGAUAUACCCAACGUCGGAUCAUUUCCAUCGGGUGGUGACUCCGGCAAUGCUUUCUACCGCGAGGUUCCUUGGUCAGAGUGUGCCUAAGAAGCUCUCUGACUAUGCCACCGGGACCUACCUCGCGAUACUAGCUCUUCAGUACCAGGCGCUAUCAAAGCGCUAUGUGCCAGAGCUGAUGAACUUCACCCUCAACACACUAUGCGCCCUGGCUCCGACCGAAUGCACAGGGCGUGUGGGCGCUUUCCCACUACACCGCCCUUCCCCGGAUACGCGGAUCAAGGACAGCCAAGGGGAGGCCGUACGCAAGCUAAGCUGCGCUGAUUGUCGUCCUUGCACCGGCGGCGAUGAUGAUUCAUCUACUUCCCUGCAGGUUGCCGUCCUCGACACGACCGUCAAGGUGCUCUCUGCCGCGGCUGAGUGCUGGGCUGGGAAGCCCGGGUUUUUCGAGACGUUUGAGCCCACUUGCAGGGUUUUGGCUCACUUGUGCUCCAAACCCUGCAGAAAUGCACUGCCUCCUGCCGUAGUCAAGGAGACAGAGAGGUUCUUGGCGCGGCUGAAGGUGUCGCUGCAGGCCGCACGGCUGUCCCGCCGACCUCUAGAGUUGCAUCACCACCGCCCCUUGGCGAUUCGAACUUACGUGCCCAAGUUCGAGGACACGUUCGACCCGAACAAGCACUACGACCCGGACAGAGAACGGGCCGAGAUGGCCAAGCUCCGGGCCGAGCACAAGCGGGAGCGCAAGGGAGCGAUGAGAGAACUGAGGAAGGACGCGAACUUUAUGGCGCGGGAGAAGCUCAAGAUCAAAAAGGCCAAGGACGAGGCGUACGAGAAGAAGUUCAAGAGGCUGGUGUCGGAAAUCCAGAGCCAGGAGGGUCGCGAGGCGAACGCAUACGAGCGGGAGAAGCAGCAAAGGAAGCGGGCGAGGAAGUAG